AAUGUUUACCAUUGUGUGAAUUUAGUUAGUCCGUUGUUUCGUGCACAGGACAUCCAAAUUAGAUUCAAUUUAAAGAAUAAACUAGAAUAUUUAUAGAUUUCAGUUCAUAACUACGCAGAACCAGAUUUUCUUGUAAAGUCUAGAGUGAAUCCAACAAAAAAUGCACGCAUUUUUAAAAACUGGCAAAAUUGCUGAAUCGUCUUCAAAUCCCGGGAACGAUGGACAGCCCGUAGAGAAGCGCAGUAAAUCUCAUUCUGUUCCUUGGGUGGAAAAAUACCGCCCAAAAUGUGUCGACGACGUCGUGGAACAAGGGGAGGUAGUAGCGGUGUUGAGAGAAUGUCUAUCAACAGCUGUCGAUUUACCGAAUUUGCUGCUGUAUGGACCGCCUGGCACCGGUAAAACCAGUACUAUUUUGGCUGCGGCGCGUCAGCUGUUUGGCGAUAUGUUCAAAGAGCGCAUCUUGGAAUUAAAUGCAUCAGAUGACCGUGGUAUUGCGAUCAUCAGAAAUAAGGUCAAAACAUUCGCUCAACUUACGGCCAGUGGUACUAGAACUGACGGCAAACCGUGUCCGCCGUUUAAAAUAGUAAUUCUUGAUGAGGCCGAUGCUAUGACCCAUGCUGCACAGGCAGCCUUGCGUAGAACUAUGGAGAAAGAAACGAAAACCACAAGGUUUUGUUUGGUUUGCAAUUACGUAUCAAGAAUAAUUGAACCAAUCACUUCCCGCUGUACAAAGUUUCGCUUCAAGCCACUAGGCGAUGACAAGAUAAUUGAACGGCUACGUUUUAUUUGCGAACAAGAGAAUGUCGAUGUGGAUGAGCAGGCUUAUCGCGACAUAGUAUCUAUUUCAGGUGGUGAUUUGCGUCGGGCAAUUACCACACUUCAAUCUUGCCAUAGGUUGAAGGGGAAAGAAGCAAAAAUUGAACACACGGAUAUUCUAGAAAUGUCUGGUGUUGUACCACCGAAUUAUCUGGAUGAUUUUAUCUCAGUCUGUAAAACUGCCAACUACAGCAAACUGGAGGAUUACGUGAAGAACUUAACGCACGACGCGUACAGUGUGGGACAACUUUUUGAGCAGUUGACGGAUUUUGUUGUUAUGCAUGACGGACUGAGCGAUAAACAGAAAAGUAUUAUUUGCGACAAACUAGGGGAAUGUUGCUUCCGUCUACAGGGUGGUGGAUCGGAGUAUAUACAAAUUAUGGAUCUAGGGUGCGUCACCAUUCAGGCUCUUCAAACAAACUGAACAAAUUUGGAUAGGAUCACCGGUCUAUUCAGGAAUAAAUUGUUUAUAAACAUAUUUCUAUUAA